AUGAAAGUUUUGUUAAAAAUGCUUCUCAAAAAAUAUGCACUAAGGGUUGACAAAUAUAAGAGAGCUCAGGCAGGAAAAUUAGAUGAAGAAAAUCGACAUAUUCAUGCUAAUAAUAGGAUGAAUGAAGUAUGA